CACAACACAACACGACAACUUAAAGGUAGGGUCAUGAUGUGAUAUUCAGUGCACAAUAGAGUAAAUUAAGGUGACAUUUAUCAAUGUGGGAUACCAAGAUGGCUUUUUUGCUUCUGCUGGUGAUGCUGACAACAUGUGCUGCAAUUCCUCAAGAUUUGUCUGGUAAAAUGUUCACCUUCCCAGAGGAAACUGGCACAGCUAAUGUGAGACUGAAAACAUCAACACAGGAUUUUAAAGCUGUGACUGUCUGUUUCAGGUCCAUUACAGACCUCCGCAGAGACCACAACCUUUUCUCUCUGGCCACACCAUCCGCUCAAAAUGCCUUCCUGAUAUUCAAGACCGCUUCAAGUGUGAUUGAUUUUCUUGUCAGCAAUAAAAAGGUAGAAUUUGGAGCAGAGGACUACAAGCUGAACAUGUGGCACUCUAUUUGUUCUACAUGGGACUCUAAGACUGGACUGGUGCAGCUGUGGUUUGAUGGAAAGUCCUCAAUUAGGAAAUUCACUGGAGGAUCAAACAUUACUACACCCAGUGUUAUCCUUGGACAGGAGCAGGAUUCCUUCGGUGGGGGGUUUGAUGUUAAGCAGUCUUUCGUUGGCAUGAUGUCUGAUGUCCAUAUGUGGGACUACACCCUUUCAUCCUGUGAGAUUGAGCGCUACAUGGAUGAUCUAAACUUCACCCCAGGGAAUGCGCUCAAUUGGAGGGCGCUGGACUUCCAGAUCACCGAAAGAGUGCUGAUAGAAGACAAACAAAUGAGCUGUCACUAAAGUCACUUUCUAAUACUCCACCCAAGGUGUUUUCUUUUGAUUAUGAAUUGUUCAUGCCCUGUAGGCUUUAACAGUGGCUUUAGAAAGUUUGUAGCUUUGUCUUUGGCAAGGGCAGUGGCUUUGUUCAGCUUGAAUUUCUAAAAAUAAACUACUGUGAUUCACAAAUUACAAACCUUA